ACAUUGGCAUUAAUCUCGAAGCCCAAAAGGCUUUAAUUUCGUCUCCUUGUCUUAUUUAUUCAUUUCUUUUAUAUCCCCCAGUUGAAGAGCAAAACCAGUGCAAGUGGACAAGAAAUAAAAUGAAACCCCUCUUUCUUUUCCUUUCCUCUUUACUUACUCCCAUAAAUACACCUACAUGCAUAUAUUUUCCUCAGAAUUUUUCAUGUAUUCAUCAUUCUGCUAUAAACCCUAAAUUUGCUUCUCCAUUCGCAUACAGAGAGGGAGCCCAGAGAGAUCGAAGAAAUCCAGAAAAUGCCUUCAUCACUACAACUACAUCGAAUCAACCCCUCCCAUCCCACCACUGUGACCGCCUCCACCGCCGCCAUUGCUGCGAACUUCCACAAGCAAAUUAAAGUAGUUGAUGUCACGAGCCGAGCUGACGGGCUUCCUUGGUUUGAGCCGGUACCGGAAUCUGUGGCCCAGUACCACACCCACGCGGUAGCCCCGAACCAGUGCUGCUCCGCUGUGGUCCAGACUGUCGACGCGCCUGUCUCCGCCGUGUGGUCCAUGGUCCGCCGCUUUGACAACCCGCAGGCGUACAAGCACUUCCUCAAGAGCUGCCACGUGAUAGACGGCGACGGCGAUGUGGGAAGCCUCAGGGAGGUGCACGUGGUGUCGGGCCUCCCAGCGGUUUCGAGCAUGGAGAGGCUCGAGAUCCUUGACGACGAGCAGCAUGUGAUGAGUUUUAGCAUUGUCGGGGGCGACCAUCGGCUUGCGAACUACCGGUCGGUGACCACACUCCACUCCACGUCGGAUGGGUCGGGUACGGUGGUGAUCGAGUCCUAUGUGGUAGAUGUGCCUCACGGUAACACAAAGGAAGACGCAUGCGUUUUUGUGGAAACGAUCGUUAGGUGCAAUUUGCAGUCUUUGGCACAGAUCUUUGAGAGCUCAGCCAAGAGAAGCCAGCUAAAAGAGUCAGGAUCAUGAUCAUCAUUUAAAGUUUUAAUUGGUGGUCGCUUUGUUUUUGCUUCUGAUACGGUUCAGGUACGCAGAUCUCGGGUACCCGGCUUUGGGAAUUCGGUUAGCUUAUUAAGCUAUCUCAGGUUGCACAUGGUAGAAGAAGAUAGAAUAUUAUCACUGGUUUCUUUUCUUUUUUCCGGUCCUGUGUCAAUUUGUUUCUUCUCUCUCUCUCUCUCUCUCUCUCUCUCUCUCUCUCUUUGUAGAGCGUUUCUUCAUUAUAAUUUACCCAUAGAAGAAGGGUAAGAACUCAUCCUUUUAUUUUUAUUUUUAUUUUUUUGUGGACAUUACAUGUCUUCUCGCUUUUACUUUUGACUUCGGGGUAAUUACUAGGUUGUAUUACUUUUGUAGUUUUUUGUGGAUUUUAAAUGGACAUUGUGAA